ACACGUGCCUGCGCUAAUGCUGCGUCGUUGCUGUAUUUGUUUCGUCUGCGCUUUGAGGUGAGCUCCUGGUUUGCGCUCUGCAGGUCAUACAGAUAAGAGGGCAAGAACAAGGUAACAAUCGCCAUGGCGACGCUCGCGUCCUCUCUCGCCUCGCUCAGAGACACGAAGUCUCCUUCUCUCCUUGUUCAAUCAUCAAUUUAUUUUUCCAGUAACUUGAGGAAGUCAUCUUUUUGUUCUCACGUGAAGCCAUCACAUAAAUUUCUCCCAAACUCUCUGAACUUGUCAUUUGGUACAAUUCACCAUAAAAAAACUAUGAUUUCGGUUAAGAAGAGGCAAGUUUCUGUUCAAGCUGCAUACAGGGAUGAAGGAACAAGUAGUGCAGGCGUCUUCAUUGGGGGCUUUGUUUUGGGAGGAAUAAUUGUUGGAACUCUUGGUUGUGUAUUUGCACCUCAGAUUAGCAAGGUUCUUGCUGGAACUGACCGGAAGGAUUUGAUGAGGAGGUUACCAAAAUUUAUUUAUGAUGAAGAGAAGGCAUUGGAG